AUGUUGAACACAAUGUUGGUGCCACUUGGACAUUGUACUAUGUAUGCGCCAAAGAGCUAUAACUUGUUGCAAUGGAGCCAGCCACGAUGCAGAAGCUUCCAAGAAAAGACACGUGCCAGAAUUAACAAAGCCAUGAGUAACUGCUUCGCGAAGCCAACCUCUAGGAGCGAGGGCGAGAUCCUCCACUCGGCCAACAUCAGGAGCUUCACCUUCAAGGAGCUCAGGACAGCCACUAGGAAUUUCCGGCGGGACAGCAUCCUCGGUGAGGGCGGCUUUGGAGUGGUGUACAAAGGGUGGGUCGAGGAGAGCACCUUCGCCCCGGCCAGCAGCGACACUGGCAUGCCCGUUGCCGUUAAGAGGCUCAGCCAGAAAGGCAUCCAGGGCCACAGGGAAUGGCUGGCUGAAGUGAAUUACCUUGGCAGAUUGUCGCAUCCCAAUCUGGUGAAGCUCCUAGGCUACUGCCUCGAAGACGUGCAGCACCUACUUGUCUACGAGUUCAUGCCACAGGGAAGCUUGGAGAACCAUCUUUUCGGGAGGAGCUUAAAUUUCCACUCACUGUCAUGGAAUGUGAGGAUGAAUGUUGCUCUUGGAGCAGCUAAGGGGCUUGCGUUCCUCCACAGCGACAAGGCCAACGUCAUCUACCGCGAUUUCAAGACGUCAAAUGUUCUCCUUGAUUCGAGCUACAGCGCAAAGUUGUCUGAUUUUGGGUUGGCGAGGGAUGGGCCAAACGAUGAUGAGAGCCAUGUCUCUACAAGGGUCAUGGGCACAGAUGGAUAUGCAGCCCCUGAAUAUCUGGAUACAGGCCAUCUGACGACGAAGUGCGAUGUGUACAGUUUUGGUGUGGUGCUCCUGGAGAUCCUAUCCGGCCGGCGAGCCCUGAGCAGGAGCCAUCCGUCCAGCGAGCGCAACCUGGUGGAGUGGGCGCGGCCGUACCUGAAGAGCAAGCGACGCAUCUCCCACAUCCUGGACGCGCGGCUGGACGGGCAGUACUCCCUUGGCGGCGCGCAGAAGGCUGCUGCACUCGCGCUCCGGUGCAUCUCCAUCCACCCGAGAGUCCGGCCGGGCAUGGAGCAGGUGGUGGUGGCGCUGGAGCAGCUCGAGGACGACAAGGAGACCGUGACGAGUGGUCAGGGGAAGGCAAAUGGCGGCGGCACAUGCGGCUUCUUCAGGAUGUGUAGUGGUGGCCGGCAGCAGCAGCAGCAACCGUAG